AUGAAUUUUGUGCCUCAGGAUGUACCAAUUAAGCGCACCGAUUCAUCACAGUGGUGGGAACUAUUUGAUACAAAUACGCAACGGUUCUAUUACUAUAAUGCUGCCUCACAGAAAACGGUCUGGCAUCGGCCGAGCAAAUGUGACAUCAUACCGCUGGCCAAAUUGCAAACGCUCAAACAGAAUACCGAUCCCAGCGAUCGGCGUGAGAUUAGUACACAAACGCAGCAACGGGAGAGGGAACGAGAGCGAGAACGAGAGCAGCAACAAAUGCAUCAUCAGCAGCAGCAGUCGAUUUCUUCGCAACAUUCAUCACCCUCCAUGCCCAAAGUUCGUUCAGCAUCUCAGCGUGGCUCGAGCAGCAGUAGUCACCAUCUGACGCCCAACAGUAACACGAAUACCAUGGGUAGUACGGGGAGUAAUCGUGAUGUUGGUGGCGGUGAUGGCGGGGGCACAAAUAAGCGUAGCAGUGCCGGUCUGCCAUUGCAUGCCAGCUCGGAGGAGAAACUUUCCAGUGAAUUACUCUCAAGUCCACGUGGGCGUCAAAGUUUUCGCGUUGGUACGGGUGAUUCAUCACGUUCCAUGGAUAUGCAGCACAUUUCUUCGACAUCAUCAAGACGAUCACAAGACUCCUAUAACCAUUUCAAAGAAUCUGGUAAAUCCAGCGAUUCUAGUCUCUCCAGCAUACAUGGCUAUCGACGUUUCAAUGAUGAUCAAAUGACUGGAGGUGGUGGCGGUAGUCCAGCAGGUAUGGCUAGUCCAAGUGAAAGUCUACGCAUUGGAUCUCUGCAGAAACAUCGUAGCCGCAAAGAGGGUAGUGGAAGUUUUGAUAUGUUGCAAGAGAGCAUGAGCUCGCAUAAUCUACCCCAUAUCGGUGGCAGCAGUGCUCAGCAACGGCAGCAACAAUACCACAGCAGUCGAUCAAAUGAAAUGAGUUCACCAACAACGGCACAAAAUAAAAAGAAAAUCUCACCGGAUGCUCAUCAUCAUUUACAGCAACAACAGCAGCCGUAUCCCUCAUCGCCACUGUCAUUUAAUUCGCAACAACGUGGCGGUGGUGGCAGUACUACGGGUAGUAUAACCAGUAAAUCAUCCUCAACCAGGGCCAUGGAAUAUGGUGGAAGUGAACGCGAACGAGACUACAAGGUUGCCUUGGCCAGAUCCGGUAGCUUUAUGUCAUCAUCCAUCAACCCUUCGGCUGCUGGUCAUCACAGUAAAUCAUAUCGCCGUUCGGCCGCCGAGGCUAAUGGCACCACCCCGCACUUGGUGGGUGUAUCACCAGUUGUUGCUGGACCAAAUGCUGGUGGUGGUGGUAAUGGAGGCAAUGGAGGAGCGGCCAGUGAUGAUUCCAUGCAUGAAAAAUAUUUCAAAUCUGUGGAAAAUACGCCACUCUCACGCCGUCGCCACACUACUACCACCAAAAGUUCCAGUGGUGCGGCCAGUGCCAGCAGUGGUCAUGGCACUGGCGGUAGUGCUGGUAGCAAUAUGAAACAUUCUAGUGAUUCAUCGCCCCAAAGUCCCAUUAGUCCUCAUAGCAAUAAAAUAAAUAAACCGCUAAAGGUAACGGAUCAUCGCGGUAUGACGGCGACAACAGCUCCGAUGCUUCACUCACCCGGUGGCCAUUCAACAUGUUCGGGACCGCCACCUUCAUCAUCUAGUCACGCACAUUAUAAACAGGAUUCAUCGUGUAGUUUGGAACUAUUAAAUUUGGAUCGUCUAUCGUUGCGAGAUGGUGGCGGCGUUGGUUCGAAUAAAACUACUUCACCACAUUUAAGUGAUAUUACCGGGCAUGUUUCGUCGAAUAAUAUGACAUCUAAAAAUUUCCCCUCAUCCGAUAAUAUUGGUAUGAUGACCCAUUCGUCGCGGGGUUCCAACGACUCAAGGGGUAAACAUAAAACUUCGUCGAAUACUGGAUCAUGGUCUCAGCAUCAGGAUAAUCAUCGUGCUAAUCGUCAUAACUCGAUGAGUUUGGACAAACACUCAAGACAUUCGAAUGAUUAUUAUCAUCAGGAUAAUAAUAAACGUGAUACCCGUAAAGCCAAAGACAGAAACAAUCACUUGCAUGCCGAUAACAGUGAUGUGGAAUAUGAUAAUGGUAACAUUUCGCCGCUGUAUAGUAACUGGGAUACGGAAAUGCAGGAACAUUUACUGCCUUUAAAACAUUACAUUCUCGAACAGGCCAAAUUAUCGGGACGUUAUGUGUUUGGCGAUCCCAUUGAUUCGGAUUCCUAUCAUUCGGACAGUCAAUCGGAACAAUCAUUGUCCGGCCACGAGCCAGACAAUGAAGAUUCCGAUGGCGGUUCGGAUACACAUGGUGGUUAUUUGGAGCACAAUUAUGGUAUGAUUGAAGACUAUGCUAAUAUGGGCGAUAGUGUAUCAUAUUAUGCUUAUCAAUAUCCUCCAUAUGAUCCAGCAGCUAGAGAGGAAAUAUCCGACAAUGUUGAGGCAGUACUGGAAGGUGUGGGUUCCGGUGGUAAUAAUGAACCAAAAACUAAACCACGUUAUCAAUUCUCAUAUUAUGAUACCGCCACCACACAUACACCAUCUACCCUCAAUCAUCAACAACAACAACAGCAACACCACUCAUCAACUACAACAACAACAAUAGCACAACCAACACCACCACAACAACUCUAUUCAAAUGCUCCACCCCUACCACCCGGUCAUCCUUCCUCGUCAGCCUCUCAUCAUCAUCUGCAAUUGGACACCGGGGAAAAAUCAAAACAAUCACAAACAUUACCCUCACCCAACCGUCAAAUAUCUCGCAUUGCUCAAAAUUCUCAAGAUAGUGGCACUGGCAUUGGUGGCCGUUUACCAAUGCCACCGCCACAUCAAUAUGGUCGCGAUGGUGGUGAUAGUGUAUCGAAUAUAAUGGGCGGCGGCGUCGGCAGCAUUGGAGGUAGUAUGAUGCGUCGCCCACUGCCACCACCAAAUCUAAAACCCACAAUUCAACAAAUAUUUCCACCAACCGAACGUCCACCACCGGGUAUGGGCGGCGGCGGUGUCGGUGUUGGCGGUCUGACAACACUGGCAUGCAUGAAGGAAUGUGAUAUUGAAAAGUUUGCAGCUGAUAAUUUGAAUUUACAUUCGAAGGGUAUAUUUCGUAAAAAGUCUUCCGUACGCGAUAUGUUAAGUUGGACAGCCGAGGCCAUUAGCCGGCCCAUGUUGGCAUUGUCACGAGAUAAAAACGACAAAAAGAAUGCCAUUGAAAUGUUUAAGCUGGUGCAAAUCUAUAUGGGCGAUCGUAAGGCCAGAGCUGGAAUGACCUUGAAUUCCGUGGCGAUUGAUAUUAUUACAAUAGCUUUGCCUCAGCAGCAAUUACGCGAUGAAUUAUAUGUACAGUUAUGCCGACAAACCACUGAAAAUCCUAAACGUGAUUCAUUGAUUCGAGGCUGGGAGCUGAUGGCUGUGUGUUUGUCAUUUGUACCACCCUCGCCCACGUUCCAACCGACAUUGUUAAAUUAUGUCAAUCGUCAUAGAGAUCCCACAUUUGCCACCUCUUUCCCCGAGGUGGGUAAAUGGCCCAUUCACGUUCAAAUAUCACAUUAUGCCACUGUAUGCUGUAGACGCUUAGAUCGUAUUGGUAGCCAUGGUAGAAGGCAGGCUAAAAAGCCAACCGAAGAUGAAGUGGAACAGGCUAGAAAUCAAAUUUUACGCAACAGCAUGUUUGGCAAUACCCUGGAGGAGGUGAUGCUAUUGCAAAAGGAUAAAUUUCCAUUCCGUAAAUUACCAUGGAUACAAACAACAUUAUCGGAGCAUGUCCUCUUGCUCAAUGGCAAACAAACGGAAGGUAUUUUCCGUGUAUCAGCCGAUGUUGAUGAAGUCAAUUGUUUGAAGAAUCGUUUAGAUCGGUGGGAAGUUCCUGAUUAUAAAAAUACUAUGGCUGAUGCCCAUGCCCCUGCUAGUCUAUUAAAGCUGUGGUAUCGUGAACUAUAUGAUCCCCUUAUACCCGAUGAACUGUACGAUGAAUGUGUAAAUACCGAUGAUCCAGAUAAGGCCAAAGCUAUAGUUGAUAAAUUGCCAGAACUGAAUAAGUUGGUCCUAACCUAUCUAAUACAUUUCCUGCAACAAUUUUCCCAUCCCGAUGUCGUGAGUGCUACCAAAAUGGAUUCAUCCAAUUUGGCAAUGGUCUUUGCCCCAAAUUGUUUGCGCUGCACCUCCGAUGAUCCGAAGGUGAUAUUGGAGAAUGCCCGCAAGGAGAUGUCAUUUAUGCGCACAUUAAUACAACACAUGGAUACGUCACAUGUGGCCAAUUUAGUGUAAAUACUGUUAAAAUUUUAUAAACAACAAAAACAAAUGAAAAUGAUUUCCAAGAAAAAAAAACAGGGAAAAUCGUAUG